ACGAAGCUGUGUUUGGAUUUGGUUGGUGAGUCGAGCUCCAUCCUAACGUAAUAAGAGAUUAGUUUGUACAGUCACGAUACGUUUGUUGCACAAACCCGGCGAAUUUUACUGGCUUCCCUCGAAAUACAUUCCCUCAACUAUGUUUUAAUCGACCCUUAUAUGCAGCUGAUCUCCCAUCCCCAUUGUCCUGACACAAAGCAGCAGACAUGGUAGAGCCAACAACGCACAAGUUUGCUUCUCUAGAAGAGGAGUUGAGCUUCUGGAAGGAGCAGACAGAGAGGCAUCAGCAAAGGGCUGAUGAGGCUCAGGCGGAGCUGCAGGAGUUUCAGCAGAUGAGUCGAGACUAUGAAGCCGAACUGGAAGCUGAGCUGAAGCAGUGUGAGGCUCGAAACAAAGAGCUGCUUUUUGACAACAACCGACUUCGCAUGGAACUGGACAGCAUAAAGGAGAAAUUUGAGGCUCAACACUCUGAUGCUUUUAGGCAUAUCUCAACUUUGGAGGAGGAUCUGGCACAAACCAGAGCAGUGAGAGAUCACCUGCAGAAAUACAUCCGAGAGCUUGAACAGUCCAACGAUGACCUGGAGAGGACCAAAAGGGCUACCAUCAUGUCCCUGGAGGACUUUGAGCAGCGGAUGAACCACGUCAUUGAGAGGAAUGCCUUUCUUGAGAGCGAGUUGGAUGAGAAAGAGAACCUCCUUGAGUCUGUCCAAAGGCUCAAGGAUGAAGCCAGAGACCUUCGGCAAGAGCUGGCUGUACGUCAGAAGGAACGACGGCCGUCCAGCAGCCUGGGCAAAGACACAGAUCGAGCAGAUGUGCCGUGCCCCUCGGCUGGCAACCCCUCCAUUCCUGUCACACCCUCCAGACCUAUCAGCUCAUUCGCCACGCCCCCUGCUUCCAGCAUUCGACGAGGGGAUGGUCUAACUGGGACUCCCCUCACUGCGUCUACUAGAAUAUCUGCACUCAACAUUGUAGGAGAGCUGCUGAGAAAAGUUGGAAAUCUUGAGUCAAAGCUGGCGUCCUGUCGGGACUUUGUGUACGACACGUCUGUCAGCCGACCAGCGCUUCCGGCCGGCCCUGGGAGUCCUCCCGGUUUAGAAAGAGGCGCUGAGGUUCAAGCUGCCAGUAUGAGCCCCCCUCCUCAGUAUGACAGUUUAGUGAAGCGGUUAGAGUUUGGACCAGCUCCCCCGAGAGGAGUCCCUCAGGGAGCACAGUCUCCUCAGGGAGGGGUCAAGAUUCUGCUCUGAGAGGAAAAAGAAAUCUAACCACCCACCUCCUCCUUCAAUAACCUGACACUGUCCCCAUGUCCCCUCUGCCUCCUUAAUAAACUACAGCAAUGGGACUUUGAA